GAUAUGGGGGUGGAGAUGGGUUUUUUUGGGGAGAGGAUAGACAGAUUUUCGGGGGGGGAAAUUUUUGGGGGAGUAAGUUCUUUUGUGGGAUAACAAGACUUUUUGGGGGAGUGUCGGGUUUUCAUGGCAAGGGGGAAACCCAGGAGUCCUGGCAAGGACCCAGCGUCCUCUCCGCCUUCCUCCUCCUCCUCCUCAUCCCAGCCGGGCCAUCUUUGGCGAUGGGAACGAGCCGAAGGCAAGAGGCCAUGUGAGCUGCGGGCCCGGCGGGUCCCCAAGUGCCCCCGAGCACUCCCAGGCGGCCCCAAAUGCCCCCAGGUGUUCGCGCCGCGGUGCUGCCGGAGCCGCGCGUGGUCAAUGGGCAAGAUGCGGAGCCCUACAGCUGGCCCUGGCAGAUCUCGCUGCAGUACGAGCGGGACGGGACCUUCCGCCACACCUGCGGGGGCACCUUGAUCGCGGCCAACUGGGUGAUGACGGCCGCGCACUGCAUCUCCAAAUCCCGCACGUACCAGGUGGUGCUGGGCGAGUACGACAUGAGCACCGGCGAGGGCUCCGAGCAGCGCAUCCCCGUGAACUCCGAGGACAUCUUCGUGCACCCCAAGUGGCUCAGCUUCUGCGCGGCCUGCGGCAAUGACAUCGCCCUGAUGAAGCUGCAGCGCCCGGCCGUGCUCUCGGCGGAGGUGCAGGUGGGGCGGCUGCCGCCCGCUGGCUCCGUGCUGCCCAACGGGUACCCCUGCGUGCUCAGCGGCUGGGGACUGCUCUCCACUGGGGGGUCCCUGGCGGACCGGCUGCAGCAGGCAGAGCUGCCUGUGGUGGACUAUGAGCAGUGCACCCAGCCCGACUGGUGGGGGGCCCUGUCCAUCCGCAAAACCAUGAUCUGUGCCGGCGGCGCCGAGAAGUCCGGAUGCAAUGGCGACUCUGGGGGACCCCUGAACUGCCCAGCUGAGGAUGGCACCUGGGAGGUCCACGGCAUCGCCAGCUUCGUGUCGGCCCUGGGCUGCAAUGCUGCCAAGAAACCCACGGUGUUCACCCGCGUGUCCGCCUUCGAGGACUGGAUUGCAGAGACCAUGAGAGACAACUGAGCGUGGCAGCGCCCUUGUCAUCAACCCCCCUGGCCUGGCAUCAAGCAAAUAAAC